GUUUCGGACAAAGAGAACAGCGACCACAUGAUCAAUCCAUCUGAGUCGCUUUUGCGCCCGGGAGAAAAAGUGAUGAAAGAGCAUCUUAUUCUACAGAAAUACUCUUUUUACACUGUACAAGGGAGAUAUCCUCAUGCCCUAGAUGAGGGUGUAAUGUGCAAACAGGUGCUGGCCCCAGACUAACUUGCACCAGAGACAGCCCACCAGGUACCCUGGAAAGCCUUCUGGGCUGUAAAUGGGAAUUGUGUCCACUAACGGUAGACGCUCUUCUGGGUGCACGUGCCACAACCUCCUCUGUCUAACUCGCUACCCGGUUAUGCGACAUGGGAGGGUACUCGAGCGCGUGAACUGAGCUUGUAAUGAACCAAAGUCUGGAUGUUCACUGCACAUACCCGGGAAAGCUAUUAUGCACAGAAUAUACUGACUCGACACUACUAUAUAUUGCUGCUUCUGUAGGAACCCCUGCGCUCCUGGAGGCGAUGUUUAACCGUGCACCUGACCAACUUCACGGAAGAGCCUGUUAUACGGGUUCGUGCCUGCUUCCUGGUCCGCAACGUGUUUUGAAUGGUCAGUGUGCGGAAAAAUGGUAUGCCUUAUACCUAUUGUUGAACCUGUCUAUAGGGUUAUAUAGCUUGGCCUCUCCCACAUAUAUACUCCACUAUGGUAGCAAGACCGAGUUCGAGUUCGACUCAUUCGAACUUGCGUGGGAGGACCCCUUUCUGUUGCCUGCCAAAUGUCUCGAUGUUAUGGAUGUCAUGGCAACUAGAAAUGAACCUGAUUCUCCAGAAGCUACUUCAACGAUUCAAAGAUGUAUCGAAUUUCUCUUUCGCGAGAGGACUACCUUGAAAGCGAGGCUUUUCCAGGCAGCCUGUUUGCCGUCCUUGCUGGGCAAUAUGGGCCUUCGUAUUCGUAGUUUGUACCUUGACAAGUUUUAUACAGUAAAUUAUGAAGAGGAUCUGGAUGAAUUGAGGUAUAUCAUUGGCUGGUGUAAAGUCGCUCUCCAAAAGGAGAUAUAGAAGGGGAAGGGGAGAUUAAGAGUAGCGUAACAGAUACAUCAAAGAACUGCCUUUCUUUGUUGGCAUUUUUUAGAUAACAUGGGAGGAUACAGCAAGGAAUAGACGAUCUUUGGAGAGGGGCGAUGCUUAAUCCUGAAUCUCCGGAA